GACAGACGGACUGGAGCGCAGGGUGGCACUGCCCCGCAGCAGGGUGACGCGGGAGGAGACAGUCCGUCUGCCAGCCUUGCCGCGGGUCCCCAGGCAGGCAGCGGCACCCGGGCACGCACCCGCAGCGCGGCCACCAGGAGCUGCCAGCGCCUGCUGCAAGCUGCCUCCUCUGCCGGCAGCACCCUCUGCACCUUCUGCCAGGGGCAGGGAAACCGCCAUCAGCAUGGCAGCCAGCGGCCACCGACGGCUUGUCCCAUCCGCUCGGGGCAUCCGCGGUGACCAGGGCACAGCUGCGAGGGCGGCGAUCCGGAGGCCUGCCCCGCGCAGCCCCGCAGCCCCUGCCGCAGCUGUGAAGGGGACAGCCCAGCACAUUGUGAGGGAGGUCCUGAGCAAGGCCGUGGCUGCACAGCAGAGACCCAGCCAGCAGCCAGCGGGACCUGGCACAAAGCACGGCUGUCGCAACGAUAGGAACGGCAGCCCAGGUCCGGGCAGCCGACAGCGGCGAGGCCCCUGCAGCUCUGCCCGCCUUGGCCGAGGAGGAGGAGGAGGAGGGCGAAGACGACAGCGACAAAGAGCUGUCCCAAGGGGAAGAGGUGACCAUUCGUAACAUCUGGGUCAACCCCUCGGUCCUGGAGCUCUUCCAGGCCGUCCACGCUGGUGCCCAGGAGGGGCCCAGCUCGCCCAGCAGCAUGGGCACAGAGGCGGCGGGAGAGGCCGCUGGCGACCUGCAGAGUGCCUCUCCUGCCCCGGCGGGGCUCACGGACACUGAGCCGUCAGGUUCUGCCGUGGACGUUGCUCCUGAGGAAGCGGGGCACCACGUGCCUCUUGCUCCCGCAGCGCGGGAGGAAGCAAAGACACCAGCUUCUCCCGUCUUCGGCGAGCAGGCCACAGCAGCACAGGUAGAGAGCCAGGCACCUGCCCCGCACAGCUUCACAGCCUACGCCGCGGCUCUGCAGGACGUAACCCAGUGCAUCGUGAGGGAUGUCCUCAUCAGUGCUGUGGCUACACAGCUGGGACCCGGCCAGCAGCCAGUGGAACAGUGGGACUGGGCACAAAGCAUGGAUGCGGUGAUGGCACCGCAAACACCUGCAGGACCUCAGGACCCGGAGUCUCCCUUGGCUCGAGAACCUCAGGCAGAGGCCAGCACAGCCCCGCUCGUGCCAGCGGCACGCGACGAUGGAGAAGACACAGCUUUUCCCAUGUCUGGAGGGCACCAAGAAGAGGCCAGCACCACUGUUGUCUCCCAGGCAGUGCACAAGGACAAAGUGGCUUCUUCAUUGCCUCCAAACCCUCCGGCAGAUGCUGGUACACCCCGCCUUGCCCCAGCAGCGGAUGACGAGGGAGACACAGCAGCUUCUCCCUUGGCUCGGGACCCUCGGCACCAGGUGGCCUCCGAGCACAGAGGCGACGCAGAGCCCUCCUCCAGCUGCAGUGACGUGCCCGAGGAUGACCCAGGUACGUCCCCGAGUCGAGUGCCGCCCCGGCGAGGGCAGGCCUGGCCCGGCCGUCUUGGCGAGGACCCAGGCAGCCCCAGCCCGCAGCCGGUGCCCAGGCACGGCCUCCCUGGGCCCAGCGGCGCAGAGGAACCCCGUCCCCGCGCUGCCGCUUGUGCCCCUGCUGGCACAGCCCGGGCUGCGGGACUGCCCCUGCUGCCCAGGCUCACUGCCCACCCAGCCCUGCCCACCUUGGCCUCCACGGCCACUGCUGCUCUCCAGCCACCCGGCCCCGGCCCCGGCACCACCUCCUGCGGGGCGUCAGUCCGUCCCCGGGCCGGUGCUUGGUCCUUGCCUUUGCUGGACUCCCUGGGGUCCCUGGCAGCCCAUUCCUCUGCCCCGGCCAAGUCCCUCCCAAGAGAGCUGCCCAGUCUCCAGCACCGCCACUGCCACCUCCAACGCUGGGGCUUCCCCUGUACCAGCUCUCAGCCUGCUGUGACAGUGGUAGCACAUUUGUGA